GUUUUGCAGAGUCUACUUCCGGGUUUUGUUACGCGUAGCGUUUGAGCUGUGUAUAUGAUAAAACCGUCUGUCAUUUACUUUAUUGAUUGAGCGCAGCCCUGUAUGUGCGUCUCUCUCGGUUUUAUCAUGUUUGUUUAGCUGCCUCGUAAUGACGCCACAGAGGGCGCACUCGCUGUGCUGGCCCUGAUAUGCACGUUAGGCUAAGUUAACAAGCUAACAUUGGCAGGACUUAGUACUUGUUUGUUUACAUUUUUUCAAAGAUGUAUACUUUAUUAUCUGGUUUGUAUAAAUACAUGUUCCAAAAGGACGAAUACUGCGUUUUGAUUCUUGGACUGGACAACGCCGGGAAAACUACCUUUCUGGAACAAACCAAAACAAAGUUCAGUAAGAACUACAAAGGAAUGAAUUUAUCAAAGAUCACAACUACAGUUGGUCUUAAUAUUGGUACAAUUGACAUGGGCAAGGCUCGUCUUAUGUUCUGGGAUCUGGGAGGUCAGGAUGAGCUUCAGUCUCUGUGGGACAAGUGUGAAAUGCGACAGAGACAUCCAGACACGAACACACUGCUGCAGACAGGAGACAAGUUCCUCCUGAAAAUAUUAACGCAACAAUGUUACUAUGCUGAGUCACAUGGAAUCAUCUAUGUGAUAGACUCAACUGAUGAAGAGCGCCUGACAGAAUCAAAGGAGGCCUUUGAGAAAAUGAUCAACAGUGAGGUAUUAGAUGGUGUUCCUCUCCUUGUGCUGGCUAACAAGCAGGAUGUUGCGAACUGUUUGUCUGUACCGGACAUUAAAACAGCCUUCAGUGACUGUGCCCCGAAAAUUGGAAAGAGAGACUGUUUAGUCCAGCCUUGUACUGCCCUCACAGGGGACGGAGUAAACGAAGGCAUAGAAUGGAUGGUGAAAUGUGUGGUCAGGAACAUUCACAAACCUCCCAGACAGAAGGACAUAACAUAAGAAGUCAUCAGAACUCUUUACCCUCAUUUGGAAGUGAGGGUUUCUCCUUGUGGACAUUCCAUUAAAACCCUUUAGCUGAUGAAAACUCCACUCUUUAGUCGGCUGUGACUUUUUGUUUUCCUUUAGGAGUUCAUUAAAAAUUUGUGGCAGUAUUUUUAUCAUGAAAAAUAAUUGAAGACAUGUUUUGGACCGCUGUCUCUUUUCCACUUGUUCUUGUUAUAAUGUGGUUCACUGUUCUCCCUUAAUCAAAUUAACUUAAGCUUAUUUGUAAAAAAAAAUUUAAGUUGAUUAAAGUAAAAUGUUACAGCUA